AAAGGGUGCGGAUGCGUCCUGCACUCCCAUGAAGCACAAACACAGUUCAGAGAGAGGACGGACACUUGAAGAGAGAAGAGAGAGGGCCCUCAGCAAGAGCCUGGCCAACAGAGCCCGAAGAUCAUCUGGGUUCAGUAUCCCUGAAAGCCCCACAUCCACAUCCACAUGGAGCCCAACAGCCAGCCCCACUCACCUGAUCCCCAGCCCAGUGUACUCCACCCCAGUCAUGGACGAGCCUCUGGCUCUAAUCAAAAAACCACGCUCAGAACCAGAGAAAACAGAGAGCCAAAAUAAAACCACAACUGUCAGACAAAUACAGAUACGGCCUUCUGUCAUCACCUGUGUUUCCUCUGCAACAAGGUCAACAAAAAAAGACUGCUGCAAUCACCCCACUGGUGUUACCCAGCACAGUUAUGACCACGUUGAAGAGCAUUUCCAGAGGAGCCUCGGGAUGAACUACCACAGAGCCGCCUCCAUCAGCGUGUCUGUAGAUGACCACUUUGCCAAAGCACUGGGAGAUAAAUGGCUCCAGCUCAAAGCUUCAUCCUCCUCCUGCCAUUCAUCCUCUUCCUCGUCUUCUUCAUCUCCACCCAGCAGUCCGACCUUCAUCCACUCGCCCGGCUACAGCCAGAGUCCCAAAAGAGCUCGCAAAGAUUCAGUCAGCCCUACCACGACCACACCAAACCUUUGGUCUGAUAAAUGAAGAAGAGAGCAGAAUUAAGUGUAGAUAUGCCCAAAUGGACUCAAGAUGCAUGUGUAGGCCCAUGUAUUUCUGCUGUAAAAAGCCAAAGGGAGAUCAAUUGAUGUGUUGUAAAAGUUGUCAUGAGCACAUGAGGAAUUGUUAAAAGGGAGAUUUUCCAAGUCUGACCUUUUUCGGAUCAUUUCAUGGUAGCUAAGCAUCGUUGGAGGUGGGUUUUGUCAUUGGUUUUGUGGGUGCCACUGGUUUUUAUGUGUUGACUGUGAUUGCACUGAUUAUUACUAGUAACAUUUCAUCGUCUGUUGUAAGCUUUCCUCUGAUAAUACGUGCAUAUUUAUAUUAGACAGUGUACCAGGAUCUUGUAACCUAAAAGGAGCACUGAGCAAAACAGACCAAAAAUUACUAGGUCAGAAAGUUUCAUGUUUUAAUUGAGAAGAAAUGCUUGAAAAAAGAAAAAGAUGAGGGUAACUGUUUUGCAUCUCUGUAUGGGCUACUGCUGUUCAUUUCAAUCCGUGUGUAAAUUUCAAACUUCAACUUUCAAAUUGUACAUAUUUCAACUUUCAAAUUGUACAUAUUUGUAAUAAACAAUUUUUUUAAACAAACACUUUGGGUAAAAUUGGAUAAAAAUAUAACAAUAUAUUAGUAAAAAUAUUUACAGUGCAUGUCUUGUUGUGAACAAAUAAUCCGGAUACAUGUUCAAACGUGGGGACACAAAAGCAAGGACACAAAAUAUAAAAUAUUUUGAAUAAAUAUUGAUAAUAAGAAAUAUUUCUUGAGCACCAGAUCAGUAUAUUAGAAUGAUUUCGGAAGCAUUAUGUGUCACUGAAGACUGGAGUAAUGAUGCUAAAAAUUCAGCUUUGUGUCACAAGAUUAAAUGUCUUUUUCAAAGUGUUUUCAAAUAUAUUUCUCAUUAUAACAAUUCACAGUAUUACAGAUUUUCCUGUAUUUUCGAUCAAAUAAAUGCAGUCU